AUGGACUCUAAAUCCAAUUCUCAAUCGCACCCCCCACAGUUUUCCGCCAUUAUAGCUGGAAACAUCGAUGGGCGUACGGAUAAUGUUCGAUACCGCCAGAGACAAUUCCACCGUCUCCAGGCGAGCAUCCUCACACACUUGGCGGAAUUGAAAGAGGCUAUCUCACAGGACUCGGGCCACAGCGUAGAAGAGGUGCAGACGGAAGUCUGUCUGGCGUUAAAGGAAAUUCGCUCUCACUACUCUUGCUUGAGUCUCGAGAAGAGCGUGCAGCUAGAGUACCGCGUGGCACGUGGAGAAGACCAUCUGGACAGGAAGAAAGGUGCCGGCAUUGUCUAUAUCAUACCUACCACGCACACGACGUUUUAUUCGGUCAUUGCCGCACUGAGUGCAGCCCUUGCGGCAGGAAACUGUAUAGUUUUGGAGCUUCCCAAAACGACUUCGAGGGUUACUGCGCUGCUCCGCUCAGUGCUCCCCGGAGCGCUAGAUAGUGAUACCUUUGCUAUCAGCGAGAGCCGCCCCGACGCAGACUUUCUCAGUACGACACUUGUUAUGGAUCAGCAGUCGUCUGGAUGUCCUACAACCUAUCCAACCCUCGAGUCACCAAACACUUUGCGCACGGUGGCCGUGGUAGACCGAACAGCAAAUCUUCAGGAAGCAGCGGUGGACGUGGUCCAGGCGCGGUUUGCAUUUGAUGGUCGCUCUCCGUACGCUCCAGAUGCAGUGUUGGUCAACCAGUUCUGCAUGCAGCCCUUCGUGGAAUUGGUGAUCAAGCAUGCUGCCAAGCAUCUGGGGAGCGACAACCAUGGCGCGAGCUCGCUUCCUAAGCGCCCCAGGCAGGCCUCACUGCUGGACAAAUUAGAGUCUGAGGGAGUCAAGGUCAUCGUUUCUGGCACCGGCUGGGGUGUUGCACUGCUACAGAAUCGGUAA